CAGAAGCACGGAAAGCACUGCAAAGUCUAUUGUGUUUCCUAAUGAAACAUUUAGUAAUAUCAGUACUUAAAGAUUAAUUUACAAGCCUCAUUUAUGUUCUUCACUGGGGCUACAUACUCCUUCGGCCGCGGCUGUUGCGCAUCCUUUUACAGGGAAAUUGUGAACUUUCAGGGUUGUUCAAAGGGCAGGGCUGCUGCUUCAGCCCGCUCUUGACUCGCUGGAUCGGGAGGAGUGACUGAUCGCGCAAGGUGAGCUUCGACAGGUGGAGAAACGCUUCAUUUAACUCGGCCGACUCUUCCUCGUACCACAAUAAGGAGGUCGACGGGAGUAACGAACACAGACUUCAAAACUAGUAAUAAGAGAAUACAUUAUAACACAACUGGGGGACGAACAGGCCACACCCCUUCAUCUCCAUGUGAUGACAUCACUGCCUGGUCCCUCCAGGCUCACGGCCCCGCCCAGCAGCGACUACUGUCAGCUAGGCAGAACCUAAGGAAGUAUGGCAGCCCAAGUAGAGAUGAAAUCAGGACAGGGGGAGACAGCAGGGGUCAGUAGUGGACAUCUGAGGAGGACUGCUGAGCCUCCCUCAGGCACCCAGGGGCACGUCACCCUCGGCCUGCAGGCCGGGAAACCUGCCACCUGCACCAAACCCCUCCUCACCCCUAAACCUUUCUCUCUGGAGAAGACCCUGUUCAUCCGGCCCAUUCUGCCCCCCAAGCCUCAGGUUCCAACUGCCCCUGCAGGAGCUAGCCAAACCAGUGACCAGAAAUCCAGUGAGCUCAGUCUUGCUGACUCUCCUGGAGUCCUCGGUGGGGACCAGACCAGAUCUACGAAAUCCAACACACCCACUGCUCCUAAACCAGCCCUACUCAGGAAUCCUGAAAUCAACCCACCCACUGUUGUUAUACAUGAUCUCUCCAGUACCUUGCAGAGUAAUCUGCUCUGGAAUUCUAAAUCUGACCUGCUUAGUAAGCCCAAACUGGAUCCGACUGAAUCUUCUAUAUCUGUCCCACUUAAUGCACCAAAAGCCAAUCUAUCUACUAUUCCUAAACCCGAUGAUCCCAGUACACCAAAACCCACCCCACCUCAUACUCCUAAACUUGACCUUUCCUCUGUACUAAAACCUGUCCCAGUCAGUACUCCUAACCUAUCUAAGUCUGAGGUAUUUGCAUCACCUGAGCCCCUGGCCAAUCAGGCUACCUCCAUAGACUCCCCUGAAAAGCCCAGGAAACUAUCCGUGUUAGAACGAAUCAAGAUGUUGUCACAGUUCCGGAAUUCCCAGGAGUCUUCAGCAUCUGGGAUGACCCAAAACGAGCAGCAACCACGAGAGAGGGGUGCAGGCAACCAGAAAAUGGGCGUUCCCAUAAGCAGAGCUAAGUCGAUGGGCUCUCUUGACCUAGCCAGGUGGGAAGCAUCGAAGGACGUGACUGAAGAAGAACAAACUAGGGGGGAGAAGUCGUCAGUCUCACCACCACUGCGGAGAAACACCUCUGUCGUGUUUCAGCCUGCCACCCCACAAUCUGCAGGUUCCCCACACAAGGUGGCGGCCCCCCGGAAGACAGGGGCCACUGGCCAGCUGAGCCAACUCGCGUCUAGGUUUGAGUCCCUAAAUACCCCAGACAAAUGCCAGCCAGACAAGGGGAACAUUCCGGAAAGAAAAGGGAAAGAGGCCAGGUGUGUGGAAGAGGCCACAGAGUCACAACCAUCGGAAAACACAGAAGACAGCCUCAGGCAAAUGAUGCCGGAGGGGAGGACGCAUCAGGAGAGCAAGAAGCAGGGCACCGAUCAGGAAGAGGCUGCUUCCAGCAUAAAGAAGCGGAUCAGUCUUCUGUUUGACCCCUCCUUUGCCCAAGGGGGCGGGGUCUCCACGCCCCUGGAGGUGGAGCCUCAUUCAUCGGCACAGCCCAUCCAGGAGGUGGACAUCUCAGUGGGUGUAAAACAGCGGAUUAAACAAUUGAUAGCAGAGAGCCCAUCUCAGUCCCCCACUCUGAGAAAGGUCAAGCCCCGCCCCCUCUCUCAGGACCUCACCAAGUGUUUUUCACCAGGAAUGUCUAUGGACACUAGCCCUUCUGUUGGCCUGGAGAGAGUUCAAAUGAGAGGUGUUGACAAGAAAGGAAGAGAGGCCCAUGAGAAGGUGGAAGACCCUAUGGUUGACUCGAGUAUUAAGGGUCUAGACCAGAGUGGGGCAUCCCUCACUACUUUAGACCAGUCAGCCAAUGGUGGGACAGAACUGGAGGUGCAGGAACCUCAAUCAAACAAAGAGAACGCACCAGUAGAGACACCUGAGAAUGCAGUUCCCAUCAUUCCAUCCCUCCAACUUGGUCAUUUAGACCGCAGUGCAGUGAGUGAGGGCAUUCUUGGUGCCCAACUGGAGGAAAAAGCCUCGAAACGGGAAGAGGAGAUACAGAAACAGCUGGAGCAGGAAAGGAAAUGGGAAGAGGAGAAACAGCUGGAGCUGGAGAAGAAACGGGAAGAGGAGAGGCAGAAACAGCUGGAGCUGGAGAAGAAACGAGAAGAGGAGAGGCAGAAACAGCUGGAGCUGGAGAAGAAACGGGAAGAGGAGAGGCAGAAACAGCUGGUGCUGGAGAAGAAACAGGAAGAGGAGAGACAGAAACAGCUGGAGCAGGAAAAGAAACUGGAAGAGGAGAGACAGAAACAGCUGGAGCUAGAGAAGAAACGGGAAGAGGAGAGACAGAAACAGCUGGAGCAGGAAAAGAAAUGGGAAGAGGAGAGACAGAAACAGCUGGAGCUAGAAAGGAAACAGGAAGAGGAGAGGCAGAAACAGCUGGAGCUGGAGAGGAAACGGGAAGAGGAGAGGCAGAAACAGCUGGAGCUGGAGAAGAAAUGGGAAGAGGAGAGGCAGAAACAGCUGGAGCUGGAGAAGAAACGGGAAGAUGAGAGGCAGAAACAGCUGGAGCUGGAGAGGAAACGGGAAGAGGAGAGGCAGAAACAGCUGGAGCUGGAGAGGAAACGGGAAGAGGAGAGGCAGAAACAGCUGGAGCUGGAAAGGAAACGGGAAGAGGAGAGGCAGAAGCAGCUGGAGCUGGACAGAAAGAACCAGGAGAGGGAGGUAGAAGAAGCACCCCAACAGAUUUGCACAGCUGGGGAAGUCCUCCCCACAUCUCGGGCUAGUAGCAGCACCCUAACAGAACAAAGUGUUAGAGAAGGUGAUGAAAAUGCCACAACUGAAGAAAUUAUUUUUGAUGAUUUCUCUGUGAAGCCAAUGAGGUGGAGAUAUAUGAGGAAAAGCAGCCUACUUUACGGAAACACUACCCACACUUCUCAAACUCAAGCUGAUUCUUAUGAUGAGGGAGGAGAAAAGGAAAAUUAUGUGGAGAAUUUGAAGGAUCAAGAGCAACAAGGAGAGAUUAGGGAAGACAAUGAGAGCUUACAAAAGAAAAUAAAGACUGGGAUUGACCAGGAGCAUGAUGGACAAGGGGGUGUAAAGCAAGAGGAUACUAAGAGUCAGGGGGGUGCAGAGAUUCUGGACCCCAUAAAACAACCUUCCAACAGGUCCAGCCACCUUUCCCCUGGUGAGAAACUGGAAGCAGAAGAGGACAGAUGUAGUGCUCCCAGAAAGACAGCCACACAGCCACUCCCAAAGCCAGCCACUUGCAUAGCGCGGGCGUUGGCAGGCAACGGUCCCAGGGAGGACGAUGGCAUGCAGGACAAGCUCCUCUCCAAAGAGGACGACCACUACGGUAGCCUGGACACAGCUCAACACCCCGGCGAGGACAGUCCGACUCCGACCACCACCCCCACGGAUGCCCUUCUGGAGCCCGGUACACCAAGCGAGCUGCCCUCCCCCAGCGCCGUCUCCCCCAGCGCCGUCUCCUCCAUGUCCUGGGAGGCGACAGACCCGCUGCCUUUUCCUGAGACGCCGACGUCCCUGCUGGACUCCAGCGCCUUGCGCUCGCGGGUGCAGUUGGGUAAGAGGCGGAGUCAGCGUGCCCCUCCCUCAAGAGCCGCCCGUCAGAAAGCCGCACAGGAUGCCAAAGACCCGCAGUUCCAGGACUCUGCAGGGACGAGGUCUGAAAUGACAGCACAGGAAGAUGUGGAGGAUGAGGAGGAGGAGGAGGAGGAGGAGGAAGAGAAGGUGAAGAUGAAGACAGAGCCAUGUUCGACCCCCUUGCAGCCACAGAGAGUGGCAGUCUUUCCUGGCUUGGACCCAUCUGCUCUCAAGGCUCAGCUGAAGAAGCGAGCGGGUGACUCAGAAAACCAGGCCGAGCAGCUCCCCCCCCAGCGAUCAGCCAAAUCUCCGUUUCUCCCUCAGGCCACCCGAGUGCUCCCCCCAGUCACUGACAAGGAAAACCGGGAGCACUCCUCCCCUCAGUGGCUCCAGGAGCUGAAGUCCAAGAAACGCUUCAGUCAGCACGAGAGUGACACCUAGUGGCAGACGGCAUGGGUGGCUUCGACCUGGAUCCUUCAGCUGGCCACGCAGCGUGAUUGUCUUCUCAUAAAAGCCUUAGAUCUUGGUCACCAUCUUAGUCCCACUAUUGCUGCUCACCAGUUUUUUUGAUUUUUUUUUUUCACCUUCUGUAAUCUUGAUUCAUAAAGUUGUCUUUCUAGAAUUCUUUUUUUGUGGAUAAACAGAAUUGGGGGGUGGGUUGGGAAUUGCGCAACAGAGAACACUCCCUGCGACCUCCUGUCAGGCAGAUGUGGGGGCUUCCCUGGCAGCAAGGGACGCCCGUGGACCACAGCCCCCCACGACUCACCUGCACAAUCAAGAACAAUGAGAGUUAUUUUUUUAUUUCUGAGGUCUUAAUUCAAUUUUUAGGUUGAACAAUCAAAUCUUUGAUCCUUUUCUGUGUCCACAUGGUUCAGAGAACUGAUUUUCACUGGCUAGGUGCCCAGACACAGGUUCUAUGCAGUCAGAUUGUUAUGAAUUAGCAAGGUUAUCAGUUUUACGCACUGGGGAUUUGUGUGUCAAAUAAAAUUAAACUUUGCCAAGUUAUAAUUAUUAGGGUGAUAAAAUAAGAGGUAGUGAAAACCCUUUCUGUUCUGCCAAACACUGUCCAAUUCUGCCUUGUUCUUCAAACUAUCCUACCUUGUUUACAUAACCCCCGUAGGACUGGACAGAGGUGCUUACCUCUCUGUGCCUUUUCCGCAAAGUGCCCUCAGGGUUUUGUAGAGAGAGAGAGUGCUGCAUAGACGGAAAAUGUCUGCCGUCAUUUUUCCAUUCACUGUUUCCCCAGAGGUGCUGGUGGAAGCUAUAUGCUGGUGGAAGCUAUAUGCUACGUAACAUGAAAUGCUGUUUCCUGCCAUCGCCACCCUCCCAGGGUCGUCCUGUAACUUAGUGAUAGCAGCAGAUUAUAAACACUGACAGCGAGUGAAAAUGUAGGCAAACACCGUUGCUUUGGUAGCCGUGGACAUAAGCGGUAGCCGCAGGUUCUAUGCCUGCUAGCCUGCUUGCUUCCUGUCCCGUAACAGGAAGUCGGACUCUCCAACAGGAAGUGGAGGUGGUGCAGUGCCAUGUUGUUUUUUAGGGUGUGGCCCUCUGUGACCCCCAAAGGCUCGUUCCACUGAGCAGAAGCUGGAAAGUGAUGUAAUGUGCGGAAGAGCCAUUGGGAGCGAAGAAUUUUAAUGCAUUGUCAAAAGGGUGCCAGUUCAAGUCCACUGCCGGGCCGCUGUUGUACCGUGAAGUCCAGGCACCAAUCAGCAGUGGAUCUGUUAAGUGUCAGAAAGAUGUAAAAUCUAUAGGUCUCUUUUGAAUCCGAGCAUCUGCUAAGCACCAAGGUGAUGAUGAUGAUGAUGAUGAAGAAUUUGGUGUGUACUGCUGUAAUCCAAAUUUAUCUCCAUGAGCCGAAUCCCUGGUUAGCAGUCUUUUUGUAUUGGUUCUAUAGCUGCUUGCCUCCUACAGUGUCGCUCAAAGGUUUUAUUCUGCAAACAUGCAACGGGUUUAAACAGGGUUAAGGCAGACACUGUGUUAAGGGUCAUCAUCUGAGUUAAACUGCUGGCUGUCUGUCAGGCCUCUUUGAGACCACAGUCCCAUUAAAUUUUGUGUCAGCCUUGUUUUCUACACUGGAUGGCAAAUUUUGCCAUUGAAAAGUUUGUGCAUUUUUUUUGUACGUUUCUGAAAGGGAAGGAUGUAAAUUACGGCAGAUUUGUCAAACCAUUGUCAAAAUGUGCACACUCAAUAAAAUUUCCUGUACAAUGAC